GCGCGGAGGCGCCUCCCCAUUGGCCGGGACUGCCGUCCGUCCGCGCUGCGCGCCGCCGCCGCCAUGGUGCGCUUCAAGAACAGGUAUGUGCUCUGCGAGGUGGUCUCGGAGGACCCGCGGUGCCGCCAGUGCAUCGAGGACCGCGUGCUGGGCCUCGCCGUCAGAGACGCCAUCGCACGGGUGCACGGGGACUACGGCCUGGCGUGCUGCUCCAUCUCCUUCACAGUGAAGUACCUGAACGCCUACACCGGGACGGUGCUGCUGCGGUGCCGCAAGGACUCGUACCGGCUGCUGUGCUCCGCGCUGCCCUUCGUGCGGUACCUGGAGAGCCGCGGGCAGCGCUACCCCUGCUUCCUCAACACCCUGCACGUCGGAGGUACCAUAAGAACAUGUCAGAAAUUCCUGAUUCAGUAUAACAGAACACAGCUGCUGAGGUUGUUGCAAAACUGUACAAAUGAAGAGGAAAGACAGUGUAUACAGAAGUCCUUGUUGAGCUGUUCCCUUACAGAAGAGCAGUCUGAAAGUGGAGAUGAGGAGGAUGAUGAUGGCACAGAGACAGACUGAAUGUCACUUGUUACUGUUCACCUCUGUUCUGUACUUGCUUACUUAAGAUAUGACUGGUUAUCUUCAGUGUUAAGCAGUGCAGGGGACUGGAAAAGUAUUUGUUCGUAUUUAGACUUCAUUCCCCAUUCCAAAUGUUUUUAAACAAAUUUAAAAAAAAUAAAACAUUAUUUCACUUAA